GUGAUCUUCCCGUGUUUUACAACUUUUGCGCAUCACACUUCUCUAUGGGUACGGUGACAGUUGUGAAGGCUAUCGUCUGACUGGUAUAUCAUGGACCAGGAUCUCGAGCUGCCAGCACAUAGCCCGGACCUACCCCUGCCGUCGUCUGCACCCAUUCCCCUGCCACCCACGGCUGGAUCCCCUUUGCUUCGGGACACCCUCUGUCUUCUGCUAUUGCGAGCCAUUUACUUCUACCUAGCCCGAAGAUUUCUGCAGCACAGCCUGAGUACAGCUCUCAGAGACCUCUCAAAGCCUCUCCUACCCCUGCACAGUGCAACGACACCCGAAUCCGCAGAUAAGCGCUCGGGAGAUGACAGCGACAAUGAAUCCUCCCCGUCUGGGUCUACGCCCGGGUCUCCAGCUAUCACGAGUCUGCUGCUUCCAGAAACAAGCUCGACUGGAUUUUCGACACCUACAGAAGGAGCAUCGCCGACCAUCGAACUCUCAGAUUUGGACCGUCGCGUGUCGGAGCGCGUCCGAGCCAAGGGAGAUUUACCGACCUUGAAUGUGCGUCACAAAGGCGGGGCAACUGCGAAGCAGGGGACAAGGCAGCUCAGUCGGGCCGCGAGGUUUCUGUUUUGUUACUGCUUCUCAGAGGGCUGCACAGUGCUUUCCAUCGUCGCCUUCCAACUCUCAGAUAUAUUCGACGAUAGAUCACGACAUAUCAAUUUUUCCAUCUCCCUUCAUACAAUCCUGGUCCUCGUACUCCUUGUCCUUCCCAUGGUGCAGUGUGUGCUCUUGACCUAUCGCUCUAGAGAUUCCACCUCUUUAUCCACAAGUACUAUCUCAUUUCCUGUCCGACUUGGAGUCGCAUUGCUACCCUUUGGGUUAUAUUGCUUCCUGUUCUCCUGCAUACCGCCAUACCUCACUGCCGUGGAUGCCGAUUCUACGGGCUGGCACUGGCUCUCCCCCUUACUUGGCCGCUUGCUGGUGCUGGGCAUUGUGUCCCUGGCGGGGCUGUCGGGCUAUGGCGCCGUGCGGACGGCGUGGAUCUUCUACGAGCAUGCUCGAGGCAUCUCAGGGGACAAGGUCACCAAAGAUGACAUUAUCCGUACUGAGCGGUCGUUAUAUAAAGUCCGGCAGGACCUCGCCGAAAGGAGGAGCAGAUUAGGAACCAAGACGAAGGGCUCUUGGUUUGCCAGAGAUGGUCUGUCAGGUUUGCGAGCCGAGACAGCUGGCCUCGAAGCGAUGCACUCAGAAAUCGUCAGGGAGCUGGAGACACUGAAGAAGCGCAAGUCUCGCCAAGAUUAUGGCGCAAGCUUCCACGGUCGCGUGUAUCACUUCAUUGGACAGCUCUUCGCAGUAUACUGCGCGUCCCGGGUCCUCAUGUGUCUUCCGUCGGUCUUCUUCGCGCCGGGAACGGCCGACAGAGACAAGGGGAAUACCAACGGCGAUUGGAUUUCUUUCCUCUUGGCUCUCGGUGUCAGCCAGUUGCGGAUCCCGAACUUCAACGUGGCCCUUUGGAGCAGAGCCAUCUCGUUACUGCUAACGGGUCUCAUUGUUCUGGGCAGUCUUGCUCAGAUCUUGAGAAGUGUAGGAAGAGUCAUUCGAUUGACCAGUAAGACUGCGGCUGUUGGCUUCUUCCUACUGAGUCUAGGUCAACUAUUUUCGACCUAUGUCAUCUCCCUCCUCGUUCAAAUGCGUUCAUCAUUACAAGAGGACACAGACUCGUUGCUGGUGUCUCUGCCUGACUUUCGUGUCUUCGGACGUUUGUUCGACCUCGUCUUUCUUUUCGCGGCUGCAGGGACGUUGGCUUACAAAUACGUGGCUAUGAAAGUGACAGGCGAUGUAUAGAUGGGCUC